AUGGCCGAUGUGGCCGGCUUGGUCAUUGGCGCAAUUGCUCUUGCCUCACUCUUCUCCACCUGUAUCGAUCUAUUCGACCGCUUUGAAUUGGGCAGGAACUAUGAUUCAGAUUACCAAUUGGCAUGCACAAAGUUGUGCCUGCUGAGGGCAAGACUUUCAUCAUGGGGACUCGCUCUGAACGUUGGGACGCCCGGCCACGAGCAUCCCAAACUUCGUCGGCAAUGGACAGAAGAAGAGGAAGUGAUCGGACGCAGUCUCUUGAGCAUCAGGGAGAUCUUUGGGAACGCGACAAUAAUGUAUGAGAAAUACAAACUGACGCCUGCACGUUCGCGUGCAUUCAGGUCUGUCGUCGCCUAUCGGACAAACAAGCAGAGUGUGGAACCUGACCAGACUCUCACGCGGCGGACGUCGACCUCAUCGACCUCAUCGACCUCAUCGUGGACUUUGUUACGGAAACGAACCGUCUGGGCCGUCCACGACAAGCAAAAAUUUGAUAACUUCAUUCAGGAUCUGUCGUUUCUCAUUGAAAACUUAGAGAAGGUUGGUGAACGGUUAGGAAUGCCAGAGCUUCCUUGCAAAAACAUGCCAGCGACACCCCCUCCGAGUCCUCCCACCAAGAGGACCAUAGAUCCAGCACACAACCCUGAGUCAGAAUCCCACCGUCUUGUACCAGGAUCAUACCAUAUUGGCCCUUCUGGCCACCAAUUCAUCCCUACAACAUUCAUUCCGCAGGUCCAGCUGUCCACGCCGGGCCUGCUACCCAACCCUUCACAGCUGGCCGAACUUGCGCGCAGCAUGCAAGGCGACGUGAGAUACAUGAAUCAGGACAUAGAGGGUGUGGAGUUUAUGGGAAGCAUUGGCCAGGACGCUCCGAAAGGACAGGAUAUAUAUGUGGCAGCACACAGAAUUCGCCAGAGCGGGUUUGUUAUUCAAGGUAGGAUCGGGGAGAGCUUCGCGUUGAAACUGCACAAGCAGCAGUGCGAACAUGAGCAGGCGAUGAAAGAAGCAUCUCAACACUAUCCCUCCCGUCAGAACACAUUCGGGAGUGUCAACACGAUCAGUACAGAGGCGAGUUCUACUUCACAGCGACGAGACUGA